GUAGAGCCCAAACCCGGAGACCUUAUUGAGAUCUCUCGUCCGGGUUACAAGCACUGGGCCAUCUAUGUAGGUGCUGGUUAUGUGAUCCACCUGGUGCCCAAAGCUAUGCCCAUAGGAAGUCGAUACUGACAAGAACACACUGAUCUCAGAGAAGAUGAACGAGGAGGAGCAAAACCACUCGGCUUUUUUUAUCAGGGUGAAGAACCCAGCUGAGCAGGAGGAAUUAAAACCCGGAGACCUCAUUGAGAUCUUCCGACCAGCUUCUCAGCACUGGGCCAUCUAUGUGGGGGACCGGCAGGUCGUCCACCUGGCUGCCGAAUGUGAGCACCUGGCAGAUGGCAUUCCUCUGCUGAUCCCUGCCAAUAGGGCUUUCGUCAAAAAGGACUGGCUGGAGGACGUGGUACGGAAAGACCGCUACCGAGUGAACAAUAAAUAUGACGAGACGCACCCGCCUCUCCCCCUUGCUAAGAUUCUCUGGCAGGCUGAGGAGCUGGUGGACAAGGAGAUGCCCUACGACUUCACGCCCCGCAACUGCGAGAAUUUAGUUUUGGAGCUGCGAUAUGGAGUUGAUAUGAAUGAACAGGAUGAAAUCAAACCUGGGGACCUCAUAGAGAUCUUCCGCUCUUGCUAUCAGCACUGGGCCAUCUACGUUGGAGAUGGCAAGGUGGUCCACUUGGCCCCCGAAUGCGACCGUCUGGCUAACGGUGCUGCCAGCGUUUUGGCAGUCCUGUCUGACAGAGCGUAUGUGAAGAAAGACUGGCUGGAACUCGUGGUGCGGAAGGACCCGUACCGAGUCAACAACAAGCACGACGACGCAUUCCCGGUGGUGCCUCUAGACAAGAUCCUUCAACGGACAGAGGAGUUGGUGGGCAGGGAGAUGCCCUAUAACCUGACUAGCCAUAACUGUGAACAUUUUGUAAUGGACUUACGAUACGGAGUUGCAAUGAGUGAUCAGGUCACCGAUGCCAUUGCUGUGGGGACAAUUGGCGUGAUGGGGGUAGCGGCUGCCAUGCUCAGAUCGGCGGCCAAGAGACGCAAGCACCACUACGAAUAGCUCGUGGGAGGGGCCGGGGACCUCCACGGUGGGAUUCUUUACCAGCUCUGGGGGUGUUUUGCCUGCCUGCCUAGUGUCCUUUAUUUGACAGAUUGUUUUCAGACCACCCGACUCAAAAUUAAAUGAAAUUUCGUGACAGAAGCCACCCAGACACGCCGUGCUUGGAGCCAAUAAAACUCUCUUCCU